AUGGGUAAAAAAGAUAAAAAUCACGAAAAUGGAUGCGAAAAAUCAGAGGACACGAGAGAAAGGGGUGUACAAAAUGUUUUCGAGGUUGAAUAUUUGACGCUUCUCCCGCAAAAAAGUGUUCGUUUUCUUCCUGUCCCUCUUCCUGCGCGACUUACUGAACUGUCCGUUACCAUCCAUCCGCUUUUGGAGGUCGAUGACGAUGACAUUUUUUUUUCCUUCUCAAAAAGGUUUGCAUAA